AAACGGCAGUGGGAGCGUAUUCUAGGAGUCAGUGGUUCAUUUUUGGAAAAAUGUCGAGUGAUUACGAGUCGAACCCCUCAGUGACCAAUUUACGCAACUACCUGAGGAUCCGUAGCGUACAUCCCAACAUUAAUUACGAUGAAUGCAUCACCUACCUCCGAGGUCAGGCUGCAGAGAUGGGCCUCUCUGUGCAAGUCCACGAGCCUCUGCCCAAGAAGCCAAUCCUUGUGAUGACCUGGCCUGGUUUGGAACCUAACCUACCCAGUGUAUUGUUGAACUCUCAUAUGGAUGUUGUACCAGUGUUUGAGAAAAGUUGGAGUCAUCCCCCAUUCGAAGCUCACUUAGUGGACGGCGUCAUCUACGGCCGAGGAGUGCAAGAUAUGAAGUCUGUUGCUGUGCAGUAUAUUGAGGCAGUCAAGAAACUCAAGGCUAAUGGCAUCAGACUGAAACGGACCCUCCAUCUUUCGUUUGUACCAGAUGAGGAAAUAGGCGGAGGUCCUGGUAUGGGUAAAUUUGUGCAGACAGAAGCCUUCAAGAACCUGAAUGUUGGGUUCGCGUUGGAUGAAGGCAUGGCCAGCGCUACCGACGAGUACCUGAUUUACAAUGGAGAAAGGACUAUUUGGCAUAUGAAGAUCAUCUGCCCGGGCAAGUCAGGACAUGGGUCCCUGUUGCUGCCCGAUAACAGCGGAGAAAAGCUAAGAUACAUGGUGGACAAACUUAUGGAUAUACGCGCAGAAUCUAAGAAGAAGCUCGCUGACAACCCUAACUUGACCAUUGGUGAUGUCACAACUGUCAAUCUUACCAUGCUAUCUGGUGGUAUCCAAAACAAUGUUGUGCCAGAAAAGUUGACUGCCAGUUUUGACAUCCGCAUCGCGCUGUCUGUCGACCAAAAAGAAUUUGAGAAUCAGAUAAGACGUUGGUGCUCUGAGGCUGGUGACGGUGUGACGUUCGAGUUUGAACAGAUGGAUCCCUACGUGGCUCCAACGCAGCUGAACGAAUCAAAUGCUUUCUGGGUGGCUUUUAAAGCUGCCGCGGAACAAUUGAAAAUCUCGAUGAAAAUCUGCACAUUCCCCGGCGGUACGGACAGUCGGUAUUUAAGAGAGCUCGGUAUUCCGGCGAUCGGUUUCUCUCCAAUGUCCAACACCGCUCCAGGCUUGCACGAACACGAUGAACAUUUGAGAGCUGACACAUUCCUACGAGGGAUCCAGAUCUACGAGAGCCUUAUCCCUGCCGUGGCCAAUGUUUGA